AGCCGGUGGAUCUGUAAGAAAGAACCCAGCCCACCAGGAGAGAGGGAGGGGAGGGGUUGAACUGUGAGGAGCGUGGGCCCAAGAACCAUGUCUACGCGGGAGUCCUUUAACCCGGAAAGUUAUGAGUUGGACAAGAGCUUCCGGCUAACGCGGUUCACGGAACUGAAGGGCACAGGCUGCAAAGUGCCCCAAGAUGUCCUUCAGAAGUUGCUGGAGUCCUUACAGGAGAACCACUUCCAAGAAGAUGAGCAGUUUCUGGGAGCUGUGAUGCCAAGACUUGGCAUUGGAAUGGAAACUUGUGUCAUUCCUUUGAGGCACGGUGGGCUCUCCUUGGUUCAGACCACGGAUUACAUUUACCCUAUCGUAGACGACCCUUACAUGAUGGGCAGGAUAGCAUGUGCCAACGUCCUCAGCGACCUCUAUGCCAUGGGGGUCACGGAGUGUGACAACAUGCUGAUGCUCCUCGCAGUCAGCAAUAAAAUGACUGACAGGGAGAGGGAUAAAGUAAUGCCCCUAAUUAUACAGGGUUUCAAAGAUGCAGCAGAGGAAGCAGGAACGUCAGUAACAGGUGGCCAAACAGUGUUAAACCCCUGGAUCGUUUUGGGAGGAGUCGCCACAACUGUCUGCCAGCCCAAUGAAUUUAUCAUGCCAGAUAAUGCAGUACCAGGGGACGUGCUGGUGUUGACGAAACCCCUGCGGACACAAGUUGCUGUCGCCGUGCACCAGUGGCUGGAUAUUCCUGAAAAACGGAAUAAAAUUAAACUAGUGGUCACCCAAGAAGACGUGGAGCUGGCAUACCAGGAGGCGAUGAUGAAUAUGGCCAGACUCAACAGAACAACUGCAGGACUGAUGCACACGUUCAACGCACAUGCGGCCACUGACAUCACGGGCUUCGGGAUCCUGGGCCACGCACAGAACCUAGCCAAGCAACAGAGGAACGAGGUGUCGUUUGUGAUCCACAACCUUCCUGUGCUGGAAAUGGCUGCUGUGAGCAAGGCCUGCGGAAACAUGUUUAGCCUCAUGCAUGGAACCUGCCCAGAAACAUCAGGAGGCCUCCUAAUCUGUUUACCACGUGAGCAAGCAGCUUGGUUCUGUGCGGAGAUAAAGUCCCCCAAAUAUGGUGAAGGUCACCAAGCAUGGAUUAUUGGGAUUGUUGAGAAGGGCAACCGUACCGCCAGGAUCAUAGACAAGCCCCGGAUCAUCGAAGUCGCACCGCAAGUGGCCACUCAAAACGUGAACCCCACACCCGGUGCCACCUCUUAAUUUAGACAGAAGUAGCUACUCGGUUUUGUUUUUAAAUAGAUCUAUUUCCUUUAUCAUCACUUCAAUUAAAGACUAUAAGCAA